GCGAUUGGCUUUCGAACAGCGAGCCAUAGGGAUUGGUCAUCUUCUCCAUGGUUUCCAUGGAACUCUAUGGUCCGCCCUGCCAUGAAUAGGGAAAAUUAACUACUAAAUUGCGUAGCUGAGGCCACGUGAGCUUCUUCCCCGUGGAGACCUAGGCGCGCCGCCCAAGAUGGCGGUGACGCGGUACCGGCGCUUUUUGAAGCUGUGCGAGGAGUGGCCCGUGGAGGAGACCAAGCGUGGGCGUGAUUUAGGCACCUUUUUGCGACAGCGGGUGGCUCAGGCCUUCCGGGAGGGAGAGAACACGCAGAUUGCUGAUCCAGUUACUUGCGAUGAAAUGUUUGAGAGUCUAUCUAAAAUCCAUACCAACUAUUAUAAAAACAAGGUAAGUUCUGAAAUAGGAGCGGGAAUCUGGAUACCCUGUUUGAUUGUGCUGUUUCUAGUUACCCUUUUGUAAUAGCAGUGUUAAAUAGCCUCUACUGACUCUUGAGCAAAAUCUGCAUGUAAGGGAAAAUCAAGACAAGAUUAAAAUGUGUGCUGUUUCAAUGUUUCUUUCUGUGUCUAUGCUAAAUCUCAUUUUUGCUCCAUUGCUUCACUUGCAGAACUCUAAGAAAAUAAUGUGUUAAUUUCACAUUUUAUUUAUUUCAGCAUGCCAGUAGUGGUAUGUGCAGUGAUAUUUCAAAGUAGAAGUGGUAUGAGAAGGGGGAAUUGCAUCAUCAUCAGAGGUAGACAGCGCCAUAUUCUGGAGAGUCAGCAUGGU